AUGGCGGGCUUUUUGAUCCCCCCGGGGUACAAGCCCGAGACUCCAAACGAUUUGGAGAUGAACAUCGUCAGUCUCAUCUUUGGCUUCAGCCUGGGCGCGUCAAUGUUCACUGCUGGCAUGGCCAUCAAGCAGACGAUGCAGGCGUACCAGAGAAAAAGGCUCUUCAGUGCAUACAUCGUCAUGUGCUGGCUCGAUUGGACUGGAUGCAACUGCAUGGGAAUCAUCACUUACUGCUGGCUGCGAGGCUACGCCCCCCCAAGCUUCUGGGUCUUUUUCUUUAUCAGUAUGUCGUCCUAUCUCCAGUUUCCAACUUAUACUUAUGUCUUCGCAGUUGUUUUCUGGAGUAUGCAGAUCCAGUUUACCCUCCAGAUCAUCAUCAAUCGAAUAUCCCUCCUCCUCGGUAACAAAACGAACAUCAACAGAGUCAAGUGGGGAGUUGCAGUGAUUGCAAGCUUGAUUAACAUCAGCGGUUUCUGCAUCUGGGUACCGGCUCGCUUACAGAUCUCACACCUGUACGAAGAAAUCAACAUCGUGUGGGACCGUACCGAAAAGGCUGUCUUCUUGAUCGUCGAUCUAGCGCUCAAUCUCUACUUUAUAUAUCUUGUUCGGUCGCGACUCAUCGCUUGCGGACUGACGAAGUACAUUGAGCUGUUCCACUUCAACGUCGUUAUGUCCUGUCGUGUCAGUAUGCCCUAUACCUACAUUGCGUCAUGUCUAACCUCUAUCAGCUAUGUCCAGUUCCAUCAACUCGUCUACCUCCUCAAACUGUACAUCGAGAUGAACGUCGCCUCUCUUCUAGGCCACAUAGUCAAGAGCUCAAGAGAGCAAGACGCUAGACCCUCCGAAGGAGGUCGACAGAGGGUUCGCGAUGAGUUGGUUAGCGGUCGGAUGACUACGUUUGUCACGGCGAGUCGUACAGGCCAUGUGCGACUGGACGAUAUGUCGCGAGAUGACUCGUAUCGAAGGACACCCGACUGGGAGAAUGGCAUAAUGAAGAAGGUUGAGACCAAGGUCGUCUUUACAGAAUCCCAGGACCAGGCGUCUACUUCGGAUCAAGAGCGCAUGGUAUGA